AUGCCUCCAUAUCCUUUCCAAAACAUCGAUGAUUACAUGCUUGACAAUACGAACAUGACUAGCAAUACGAACAUGACUAGCAAUACGAACAUGACUAGCAAUACGAACAUGACUAGCAAUACGAACAUGACUAGCAAUACGAACAUGACUAGCAAUACGAACAUGACUAGCAAUACGAACAUGACUAGCAAUACGAACAUGACUAGCAAUACGAACGAAUGA